AGCGAAACCUAACACGUUCCUUCAUCCGAUUGAUCGCUUUUUCGCUGUUCUUUUGACAGAAACUUGUUCAAAGGCGUUUAAAAUUGUCAUAAUAUUUGAAGAUUCCAAAUGCUAAAUAGUGUAUUUAUAGUUUUUACACUGCUUCAGUUGGGAAGCAGUGACAACCUAAGCCAUCCGCGGGGCAUUCCUGCAUCGAAAGCCUCGUUUUAUCGACCCGCAGAGACAUUUCGAUGCAUUCAGAGUGGUAAAACAAUACCGUUUGAAUAUAUCAAUGAUGAUUAUUGUGACUGUGAAGAUGGCUCUGAUGAACCAGGAACAUCGGCAUGCCCUAUGAUGAGAUAUUAUUGUGAAAAUAUAGGGCAUAAACCAGAAUACAUCUUGUCUUCAAGAGUGAAUGAUGGAAUUUGUGAUUGCUGUGAUGGGUCAGACGAAUUUGAAGGCGAGAAGAUUCAGUGUCAUAAUUUCUGUGAAGAAAUCGGUAGAAAAGACCGUGAAGAAAAGGAAAAAGAAAAGAAAUUACAGGAGGAAGGCUCCAAGAUAAAACUGAACUACAUUCAACAAGGUCAAAAAAUACGAGAGGAGAAGAAAGUUCGUCUGAAUCAAGUUGAAAAGGAAAAAGAUGAGAUGGCCGAGAUAAAAACUGAUUUAGAGAACAAAAAAACUGAGGCAGAAACACCGGAAAAAGAAGCCAAAGAGCGACAUGAAAAAGCCUGGGAAGAAGAAAAGGCGAAGAGAAAAGCAGAAAAGGAAAAACAAACCGCUCUAAUUGUGUUUGAUGAGAUUGAUUCUAAUGAUGAUCAGCAUGUUGAAAUGGGAGAAAUAAUGGCACAUUCUGAAUUUGAUAUUGAUGCAGAUGGAACUGUCAGUCAUGAUGAAGCUAAGGAGUAUUUAGAAGAAUUAGAAAAAGUUGGAAGAGAUGACUUUAUAGAAAAGAUUUGGCCGAACAUCAAAGAAAUAUUUAAGAGCAAGAAAUCAGAUUCUGUAGCUAAGGGUGACAAAGACAGCCAAUCAACUGAAGAAAAAGUGCCCGAUUUGACUCCAAAUGUUGCAGAUGAUGAUGAAGAUGAUUAUGAUGGGGAUGAUGAUGAAGAGGAUGUCGAUAAACAAAGAGUAUCUGAAAUUCAGGAUGUGGAAAAUAAAACACCUGAAGAAGAUGAAGAUAAGAUGCCUGACUAUGAUGAAGAAACUAAACAACUAAUUGCAGCAGCUGAUGAGGCUAGAAAUCAAUUUAAUGAUGCCGAUAGAAAACUUAGGGAGGCAGAAACUGAAAUGAACAACUUAAAAAGCUUCCUAGAUCUUGAUUUUGGGCAUCAAGAUGUGUAUGCAAGUUUAAAAGGUCAAUGUUUUGAGAUGACUGAUAGAGAGUAUACAUAUAAACUUUGUCCAUUUGAUAAAGCAUCACAAAGACCAAAAAGUGGUGGUACUGAAACAAGCUUAGGUGUUUGGGGUCAUUGGAGUGGUGAUGAAACUGAUAAGUAUUCAGCCAUGAAAUAUGAAAAAGGUCAGAAUUGCUGGAAUGGUCCUGAUCGAUCUGUACAAGUUUUAUUACAGUGUGGAAUGGAAAAUACUCUUCUGUCCACGUCAGAACCAAGUCGAUGUGAAUAUCAGUUUGAAUUUGCUACACCAGCAUAUUGUUCUCAAGAAGACUCAAAUGCAAAUAAAGAGACACAUGAUGAACUUUAGGGUUGAAAUGUUAAAAGCAAUUAUAUCAAUAUCAUGAUACUUAAAGUCAACCUACAACUGUAUUAAAAAAAAUUUAUACAUAA